CCCCACUGCACCGAUCAACGUACCCUCUUGCUUGACAAGCCAGGCUGACUGAUGCGCUACGUCCAGUCACAAUUUAUGCAGAUACAACUCCUCUAAAUUCUUUAUUGGACUUUACCUUCUAUCAUUCUCCAACUCCUAUCCCCGAGGCAAUCCCAAGCAACACACCAGUCCGCACCACCAUCCCUCCUCCCCGCACGGAGGACUGGAAAAAAUGACAGCGCACAUGAGCAACGAAGAGUUUUUCACGUCUCUCACGUCCCUCCUCUCAACCACCUCACAGAAAUCGCGAGGAAGCGUGUACCUCAUCCAAAAGCGGCUCUCGCCAGACGACACCGACCCAACAAUCGCGCCAGGCUCGAUUCUCGUACGAGCCACAGACGGGCGGACGCAGAACGCCGAUAAAAGCAGACCAGACGGCAACAAACCGGGGGUGAAAAAGAGGACGGAAAGCGGGCCAAAGGUGAAAUUAUCGACAAUCGUGGCGCCGGUGGAUUUGGAGUCUUUUUUUGUGAAAUAUGCGGAUGUCUGUAAGGCGGGCAUGGUGGGGAUGAAGAAGAGGGAUCGGAGUGCGAAGAAGAAAGGGAAGGCGAAGACGAAGGCUACCAAGGCUUGAGAGGGGUGCUGGGGUCAAUGAUGUUGGAAUGGGGUAUUGCAUGGAUCUGGCGUUUUGCGGGUGUUUGUAGAUUUUUCAUCGAGUCGAGACUUGUCAAAUCGAUGUCAUGUGAAUUCGGAUUAUUGUGGCAUGGAAAUAUUGAUUCUACUA